CGGAAGUACUGUUGGCGCCCAAAGUGUCACGAAUUACGAUUAUUGUUCCAGUAUCCAUGGAAACAAGGAGGCGACGUAGCAGAGCUGCUGUUGUGGACUAUAAGGUUCUUAACCAGGAUGGUAAAGUGCCUGUCGUUAUUCCAGAUGAUGUCUCUGUGACAGGAGAGAAAUCUGCUCCAAGUAAUCGGGAUGUUAAAACACUCAAAAGAGGUGGAAGAAAAGAUGCACUUAGCUGGCAGAAUCAUUUCUGGGAAAAUAUUCGCAGUAUGCUGAAUGAAUCCAUCAGUUGUGAUGUAAAGCUGAUUGGAGAAGAUCUUCCCGAUGGAAUAGUGUCCGAAUUUCCAUGCCACAGGAUUGUUCUCAUGGGGCGAAGUACUUAUCUCAUGGGACUGCUCCGGAAGUUUCCAGAUGCAUCGAAAGUUUACAUUAGAAAUAUAUCAUCUAUGGCAAUCUUGCAUAUUGUUGGUAUGAUGUAUGGCAGCUUUGUUUCAACUAAUCUGACCACCAUAGAAUUACAUGAUACACUUGCAUUGGCUAAAAAACUGGAGCUACAAGGUGGAGAAGACACACUUCCUGCUUUGUUGGCGCAUAGAAAAGACAAAGAACUUGAUGAAAAAUCUGCAGAAUUAAAAUCUAAUGAGAUUAGUGUGGAAGUGAAGUUAGACAAUCAAACUGAAGAGAAACUGAAACAAUCAACAUUUUUGCAAAAUUUGAAAGUCAGGCGCAAAGAGAAUGAACCCUCUGAUAUGGAUUGUGAUUCGAAUAGCCUUAAUGAAUCCAAUAAAUGUGAUAAUAUUGAGAAUAAUGGUGAAAGUCAGAAUGAUAUUGAAACAGCUGUCAAGUCAAGUUCAGAUGAUGCUUCAGUAAAACCUGAACAAGAUGAUGACACUAACGCUGGAAUGAUAAGAAAUGAGGAAAAUACCAUGGAUGAUCAAUCCAAUGAGAACAUUGCAAAAGCAGGUGAUAAUGAUUCAAAUGAUAUUGAAACUAAGCCAAAGAAAUUCAGAUCUAGGAGAUUUAAUUGUUCCUUGUGUGAGAAAGUAUUUCCUCAAAAACGAGCUCUCUCAGCUCAUGUGAAGAGAAUUCAUUCAAAGGAUGACAAUCAUUCAAACUCUGAUGCAAAAGAUGAUAGGGACGGUACUGAGAAGACAAAUGGAAAUAAUGAGAAAGUGAAUAAAGAUCCAAGAUCGAUGGAGGGCGAGUUUGAAUGCCCAACGUGUAAAAUUAAGUUCAACUAUGAGAGCUCUAUGAUUCGUCAUACGAAACAUAUGCAUAAGAAGGGAAUUGGAAAAGGUAAAGAGAAACGUCAUAGUGAUCCGUUUUACUUCAAAGAACUCUGGUUGGCUGAGAAUACAGAGGAUGAAACACCAAGAGUGUACGACUGUAUAUUAUGUGACGUGAAUUGUGACUGUAUGAAAACGUACCUAGAACAUUUGAUGAAAGAACACAGCGACCUCGAUGAUUCAUUAACACGAUUCCAAUGUCCUUUAUGUCCGAAGGUCUAUUUUGUGGACUUCCCGAAAAAAUACAUCACCCAUUUACGUGCAUUUCAUGUAACUCCGAGUAUCACAUGUCAGUUCUGUGCCAUGACAUUCCAAAACUGUGAGGCAAGACAACAACAUGAAAUUGAUAGCCACACUGAUGUCGAUUUCACAUUUAGAUGCUCCAUCGCACAUUGCUGUAAAGUGUUAAAGUCAAAAUUAGAGUUAGCUUCACAUGUACGGUCAAUGCACACUGAGCGUGAAAAACAUCAAUGCCUAAUUUGCAAGAAAUUGAAGUUUAGUUAUAAAACAGCGAAGAAAUGUGAGAGGGAGCAUAUCAUAUUUAAUGAUAUAUAUGGUCAGAAGUACGACAAGUACAUUUACUGUGAGGAAUCUAACUGUGAUUUUAAAUGUGUCACGGAAACCAGCCUGGUCAGACAUCGAGGAGAACAGCAUAAGGAUGUAGUCACAGCGUUAAAAAAACAAGAAAAGCAGACAGUACGCUACCAGUGUGACUUGUGUGGGCAACUGUUUACAUCGCCUCAACAUGUCCGUCAGCAUAAGAUUCGGAAACAUGAACCUAAAGUGCAACUCCAGUGUCCAGAAUGUCCCUACCAAUUCAGCAAUAUAGUAGCAUUAAGAAGGCACAUGUCAGUCCACAAGCCAGGAUUUUCCAAGAGUUUUUGUGAUCAUUGCGGGAAAGGUUUCAACAUUAAACGACACAUGCUACGUCACCUUGCCCACAACUGUCCCCAGCUCCAUGGGUACAAGUGUCCGUACUGUAAGCUCGUCUACAAAGGUAAUUUUAUGGAAGGUGUGAUAGAACAUCUGCUGGUGUGUGAUGUGGCUAAGAGCCUCAAUGUAAGAAUCAGUGUUGAUCAACUCAGGGAUUUGUCAGAAGAAAUGAAGGCAGUUUUACUCGUAGAGACGGCACCUGAUGUUGAUACAGAAAUACAAGGACCAUUUUAUCCAUGUGGAUAUUGUAAACAAAAAUUUACCACAGCAGAGAAGUGUGAAUUGCAUGAAUAUGAGGCACAUGGAAGUCUUGUAAUAUACGAAGUAGAAGGACAGGCGGAAGAAGAAAAAUGUCAUAUGGUUGCUAUGACGAUUGAGAACCGUUGUUUGGAAUGUCGAAUUAUCUUCAAAAGCCCGAAAGAGUUGGAGCAUCAUAACUUGGAGACACACUCAUCUGUGAAUGAUAUCACAUGUAAGGUGUGUCAUCGUGUGAAAGCUAGAGUCAAUCUAGCGCAAAGAUGUGCCUCAAAGCACUUUCUUGAUGAUGACUGGCAUGCUCAGAACUAUCCCCAUGCUGUAAAAUGCCAGAUUUGCCAGCGUAAGUGUGUUGAUGAAAAAAGUCUCGCUCACCAUGUGCGCAACCACGCUGGUGUGAGGAGAAAACGGAAUGCUGCAGAAGCUCUCGCAGGGGAUAGCUUGAUUGAAAUGAAAUGCAUGAAGGUCAAUCGCCAAGUGACUGUUGUUAACGACAAUGAAGUGUACGCCAUUAUAUCUCACCCUGAAGGAGAAGACCCUGGUUUAACGAUAGAGGUGGAUGAACUCGAGCGAGAAGUAAUCAGCGCUAUACAAGGAAAGAACAUGCAAGGUGAGCAGAUGGAUGUUUUAUCAUCACUGGAAAAAACAGAACAUUCUCCUUUGGAAAUCAACACUGAAUCCACACUGGAAAAUCCACAAGGAUCCACACUGGAGAAACCUGUUGAAAUCACAAUGGAGAUACCUGAGGAAAAUAAUUCAGACCAGAAAAUCUCAGAGGAGAAUGUAGCAGAGAUAAUUAUAUCUGAAAAUGAUAUUAAAUCACAUUAUAUUGUCUGCCAAAAUGGUGAAGAUAACCACUAUAUUGUGACUAAAAAUGGUGAUACAUUGAACGUUCCCUCUGACUUCAUGGACACGUUACAAAACAUGUAAUAAAAACAGCAAAUUGACUGUUAUGUGAGGAGAAACUAAUGAGCGGUUUCUGUCUGGCAAUUAACCAUUCAACUUUACCACCAUUUACAUGAAAUAAAUCAAUUUUCAUUUAGGCCUCAGGAAGUAGUAGGGAUAGCAUUGGAAACAGUCUUUUCAAAAAUAAUGUCAAUGUUUUCCUUGCAAUCCUAAUCUCAUUUUUCCAAAAAGAAAGAUGUGAGAUACCAAAUCAAAUGAAAAAGGGGACAUGUACAUUAUGUGUAAUGUAUAUACUGUACAUGAAAUAUACAUAUUGUGUAGCGUGCAUACAUGAAAUAUAAUUGUGUGUCUUUAUGAUUUUUGAAUGCACAUUGUAUUAUAUUUGCUGUUUGAUUUGUUGUGUUGUUCAAGUAUGUCAGUGUAUUUUGAAGUCUUACAUCAUGCCCAUGUGGUCCUAUUCAAUCUCUUUGAAAUAAAAAUGAAUGGAAAGGUACAUACAGGGCCAAGAUACAAGACUAUAUGUAAUAUUACAUGGGAAAAAUGUAGUAUACUAGCGUUGUUACAUGGGGAAAAUUUAAUAUACUAAACACCCCGACAUUUGAACUCGGA